AUUCUGAAAAUCUUGAAAUGUUUAGUAAACAUUUUAAGUAAUAGAAAUAAAUGAAGUUUGCCAACAACUUUCUUCAUGCAACUUUUCAUAUUAAAUGUGUCGGGCUAUGUUCACAUCAGGCGUGUGAUGGACGUUCAAGUACGCCCCUGAGCGAGGAGGGGCUUCUUCUUGUUUUUCCUUUCCUCUGGUUACCACAGCAUAUCCCUCACCUACAGUUAAAAGAGUCUUGUUAUGAAAGGUUGAAAUGGUGCAAAUGUCGUGAAUUUUACUCCAGGCUUUUUUUUCACAGCUCUAUUCCGAUAUAUGAAAAAGUAGGUGUCAAAUAAUUCCAGCCGGGCAACAACCGCAAUCAUUCAUUUCUCCUUCAUAAUCAAACGGUUGGGUUUUCCACUAAACAAAGGGAACGUCAUUGAUACGUCACUUUGAAAACCAAGUCCCUGAUUGGUCAAAGUUCAACCUGGUUUAACUUUCAAUGGCCGCACGUUUUGCAGUUAGAGCCCGGAACGGUCAUGGAAACUUGCUUGAACGUGAGAGUUUGGAACACGGAAGGUCAAAAUGGACGUUUACACGUGUUUACAUUGACGUUUCUUGGAAGUGGCUGCUUGAACGCGUGCUGCCGAGGGCGGUGUGAACAUGGCUUCACAGUUUUUUGUACUAUUGUUCCAAAAAGUAUGUUUCAAAAUAAGACAGAGGCACAAAUCACUUUUGGUCCUCACAAGGCAAUGAACACUUAUGACAUAAAGAUGCAGACAUGAUCUUUUCCCCCUAGAGGAUAGCAGCGGAUUCCACACUUUCUGCUUACAAAUAAAACUACUUCAUAGUUUGAAGCCCACCUUUUAAAAAUCUGUUGAAAUGGGAAGUCAGAGUUUCUUGAAAUGACCAGAAAUCACCCUUUCAAAUUGGUCAGCUGCCUCCAUUGACUGUAUAAGAGAGCUGGACUGAGCAAGUCUGAUGUCAUCCAUAUAAAAUGCCUUACUUCUGGCUCUUACCAAGUGAAGUCCAUUCAAACCAUUUUUUCACCACACACACACCGCCAUGUUGGAGCCAGACGACGUCAAUAAUUGGUCAGAAUCAGUUUGAGCCAAUGUUUCUAUGGCAACCACUCUCGCCAAUCAGGAGUGAGCUUGUUGGAAAUCCAAACCCCUUCCACUUGAAAGCGGGAAACAUGAUUCACACUAACGCAUGCGCGUUAUGACCUUGUUCUCAAAACACGUGAGCUAGAAUCAUGUCUAAAGCAAAACAAAAACGUGCCAAACGUCUAGGUUUCCUCGGAAAUAAGACGAAAGAUGCACAGAAGGGCCAUGGUCUAGGGGGGACAAGGACCUCAGCUGUUCAGCAAACAAAAGACUCCAGAAAGCCAGAGGAAGUCAGGAAACAAAGACUUCAGAAUCUGCAGGAAAAGCAGAAGCUGUCAAGAGAACGUGAGAUGAUGAAGAGAAGAAACUUACAGAGCUUUCAGGAGGACAUCCUGCUGAGGCAAAGAGAGUUUGAACAGAAGGAGACGGAGAUGAGGAGUUUGGAGAAGCAUGUAAAUUUUGAAAAUGAAAAUUCAAGAAAAGCAUAUUACAGAGAGUUUAAAAAGGUUGUGGAAGCAUCUGAUGUGAUUUUGGAGGUGCUGGAUGCUCGUGACCCUCUGGGCUGCAGAUGUCCUCAGGUGGAACAGGCAGUCAUCCAGAGUGGAACCAACAAGAAGAUAGUAUUGGUGCUUAAUAAAAUAGAUUUGGUGUCAAAGGAAAUUGUGGAGAAAUGGAUUAAGUAUCUUCGGAAUGAGUUUCCUACUGUGGCUUUUAAAGCAUCCACGCAGCAACAAGCAAAGAACCUGAAACGCAGUAAUGUGUCGGUGACCCAGGCCACCGCAGAGCUUCUCAGCACCAGUGCCUGUAUUGGAGCGGACUGCCUGAUGAGGUUACUUGGUAAUUAUUGUCGCAACCAGGACAUCAAGACAGCCAUCACUGUUGGUGUUGUGGGUUUUCCAAAUGUGGGAAAGAGCAGUUUAAUCAACAGCCUGAAACGAGCACGAGCAUGUCACGUCGGCGCCACCCCGGGUGUAACAAAGUGCCUUCAAGAGGUACAUUUGGACAAACACAUUAAACUUCUCGACUGCCCCGGUAUCGUCAUGGCAACCUCAACAAGUGACGCGGUGAUGAUUCUCCGCAACUGUGUGAAGAUUGAACAGCUGGUAGAUCCUCUGCCGCCUGUUGAGGCCAUCCUACGGCGAUGCAACAAAGUCCAGAUCAUGGAGCAUUACGGCGUUCCCGACUUUCAGACAGCUGCAGAGUUCUUGGCAAUGCUCGCCAGGCGUCAAGGCAAAUUAAGAAAAGGAGGUCUGCCAGACACAGACAAAGCAGCCAAGAGUGUGUUGAUGGACUGGACAGGGGGACGCAUCACUUAUUUCACACACCCUCCAGAGACGCACACUCUCCCCACUCAUGUCAGUGCUGAGAUUGUAACAGAGAUGGGAAAAGCUUUCAACUGGGAUGAGCUGGAAAAGGGAAAUCAGGAGGUUCUUGCAGAGUCGUCUUGCCCUGAUGUCCAAAUGGGCUUUUGUAUGGAGUCCAUUGGAAUGACACAAGGUGAUCACGAGGAGCCACACUUUGGUCUACAGAUUGAAGGAGGCUCCGGGGCAGAGCCAACAGCAGAAGAUAAAACUGAGUUUAUGGAAGAUGAUCAAGAUCCAGAAUUUGGACCAAUGACAGUGGAGUUCAAAUCACAGAAGGUGAACCGUUUACCCGUGAGUGAAGCAGCUCCCCGGACUCCGAGUUUAGAGGACAUUUUUGAUAUAGAUCCUUUACAACAAGGCCAUGCAAUGCUGGCUGCCAACAAGAAGAGGAAAAAAAAGCAAAAAAGAGCCGACAAAAUUGCCACAAAGCUCUCCGAUACUCUGACAUCUGCCAUGGAUUUCUCAUUUUCAGAUCCCUGAUUAUUGUCUGAAAAAAACCUCAACAGGUUAAAGAGUUUAUUAAAAUAAACACCUAUAAACCUAAAAAAAAAAAAAAAAAAAAAAAAAAGAAAGCGGGAAACAUGAAAUCUGUCAAAUGUUUUGAAUAUUCGGCGAGGGGGCCAGAAGGCACCACAUAUUUUUGUUAGGGCUCUCUGAUUGGUUAGUUUAUAUAUGUUGCAAUAACAAAGAAACAUAAUGAAAACAAAAACAGGAUUUGUAAAAAAAUGUUUAAACAAAGGUAUCAGAGCAAGGAUGGUUAUUCUAAUG